CCCCAAAACACACUCCCACAAUAACGGCGAUUUAGGCGCCCCGAGCGUGUAUUAAUAAAACGCCUUUCCGGAACUGUCCCGUAAAAUACACCCCCCCCCCCCCCCCCCUAUGUCGAAAGUGCGUUGUGACGAAAGUUCCUUUUAUCUUCAUAUGUAACUGAAUAAAUUCUUGUGAUUUUUGUUAUAUAGAAUAUUCUUCCCAUUUGAAAAAUCUUUUAGCCUAGACGAAAUUUAGAUCGUGUUAGCUAUACUCGCCCUCAACGUCAGAUAUGUAGUCUUAUUUUAAAAAGACUAGGGAAAAAAUCAGGUAGUUUAACGGUAGAACAUCCGACCGGUUAUCGGAAGAUAUGGGCUCGAUUCCUGUUCUGAUUUUAUGAUCCUCGUUCGACAAGUCGUUCGUGCUUAUUGAGGCAUAUCUACGGUGGAUACAUUCUUUAGAUAUAGAUGGACAUCUGUCCUGAAUUUUAUUGAAUUGUUUCAACAACUUUUAACUUUUUCAUUUUCUUUUUAUUUAACACGCCCACACCCACACCCAAAUGCUAAUCCUUGUUGGCAACAAUUAGAACAAGCUUCAAAAGAAAAUCAAAUUUGCGAACUUCUAGGAAACAAUUACUAAUUAUGUUUUUUCUUGUUAUUAACAAAAAUUAUAUACUUUCAUUUUAAUGCAGUUUCAUUUAGAUACUAACAUUUAUCGGCGAAAGUUGAAUUGGCGAAACGCGACUUUACCACUCACAAAUGUUUAAAUGUUUAAUACUACCGAUGGAGAUGGUAACUGUUUAUUCUUACUAUUAUUAUCAAGUUUCUUUUUUUUCAUUUUAGUAUUAUCAACUUCCUGUAAAUCGUCAUAUGUUGAUUUAAUAGCCGAAGCGGCCAUAGAACGAGUUACACGAGUACUAUAA